CACCCAGCUGCAGCCAGCAGGCUCUCUGGGGGUUGGGGGCAUCACCUGCUCCAUGCGGAGGCCCAAGAGGACAGGCUGAGCAGAGUUGUGGGAGCUGAUGGUAGCCCUGAUGGUGGCAGGGGAGAGGCCAGCAGGACCUGUGCACUGGGUGGGCACAGAAGUGUGCAGGGCCACUCACGGAGCACACAGCCCAACAGGGGAGGCAGGUGCCAACCCGAUGGCCCUGACACAGACGCCAGGGUUGCACGUUGAGGCUGGUGCCCUGGAGGGAGGGAAGGAGUGAGUGCAGCCACAGGACGAAGAGGACUUACUGGACCGCGGGGUCAGGAAGGCUCCCCGCCUGAGCUGGAGUUAACCAGGGCAGCCUCCACAUGUUGAUGUUUGUCUGGGGUCUUUGGGGAGCUGUCCCAUGCCAUGUGAGAGGUUUACCAGCAUCCCUGGUCUCCAUCCACUUGAUACCAGUAGCACCUACACACACACCAGCUGUUAUAAUCAAAAAUGUCUCCAGACGUUGCCACAUGUCCCCUGGGGGGCACGGUUGCCCCCACUUGAGAACCACUGCACAAGGGUAAGGGGAGCAGAGCAUUUGGGCAGAGGGACCUGGCUGGGCAAAGGUCUGCAGGUAGGAAGGAGCAUGGGGUCAGCAGGAGAGGAGUAGGGGUGGAGAUGCUUCAUCAGGUCCCGUAGGUCACUGUAGGGACUUGGGAUCUUUCCUCUGAGUGACAGGGGCACUGGCUGCAAUGGCCACCACAGGUGGACCAGGGAGCCUGUUGAGAGUGAUGGCAGCGGCUUGACCCUGGGGGCAGUAAGAAGGGGGAAGACUCCAGGGAUGUCGCUCCCCCCGACUAGGACCCCUCUGCACGGGUGGGCGUGGGAGCAGGGCAGUUCUGGGGGUCUGUAGGGUUUUCUCAGGGCCCGGUCCCCGGACAGACUCAGGGGCGUUGACUUAGCUGCCUUUGACCUUCAGGCGAACCUGGCCUUGGGGUGGGGGUGGAGGGCUCCCUGGUGUGGAUAAGAAUCAUUUCUAAUUAAGGCUGUCAUUGCUCAAGGAGGGCAGGUUCCAUCCUGUCUGGAGGGAAAACCUUCCGCUUCCAAUGAUGUCUACCUGCACUGAUGUCUGUCUUCUCCAGAAAAACCAGAUUCAGACAGCUGAGCAUCGACUCUGCCCACCCUGUGCCCAGGCGUUGCAGGCAUCCUCGUAACCACCUGGGUGUUAGUUACUAUUAUUUGCUCCGUUUACAGUCAGGCAGGAGAAAUUUUAAAAGUGCAAGGUCUUGGCACCCAGGGGUGCCACCACCUCCAACCUCAGUGGGUUGUUGCUGUCUGGGCCUUGGGGCAUGUACACCCCUCCCCGCCGCCACCCAAACCAGCUGAUCUCCAGCUGCAGCCACUCCUCGCACUUGCCAGUGGGCCCUCCUGCCUUCAGAGCCUUAGCAGACAGUGUUCCCCUGCCGGGAAGCUCUUUAGGGUCUGGCUUUCCCACACAUCUCGGCAUCAGCAUCACCUCCCUGAGUUUUGCCUGUCCCGCCCAGUUUAGCAUCAAGGCAUCUGGUCCCCUAUGUUUCCAGCGUUACAUUCCUGCAUUUGUAGCGACAGGUGUUUGGCAUAUUGAUCCGUUUGCCGUCUGGCUCCUGCACCAAGACGCCGGCAGAGGCUGGUCUGUCCCACUCUCCCCUGCCCUCCUCUAAGUUUUUCCAGAGCCAGGUCAGCUACAGCUUCUUUGUGGGCAAAGGCUGUUGUCGGCUGCACUCUCUCACAGGUGCUCUUGAAGACUCGUUGAGCUAUGGCUCUCGUGUCCAGCCUGGGUUCCACCCUCACUGAGCCGUCCCCACCCAGACCUUCCUGCAGAGGGCCCCCCCCGCUCAAGCGCUAACCAUGUCCAUCAUGGACCACAGCCCCACCACCGGUGUGGUCACAGUUAUCGUCAUCCUCAUCGCCAUCGCUGCCCUGGGGGCCUUGAUCCUGGGCUGCUGGUGCUACCUGCGGCUGCAGCGCAUCAGCCAGUCAGAGGACGAGGAGAGCAUUGUGGGGGAUGGCGAGACCAAGGAGCCCUUCCUGCUAGUGCAGUACUCGGCCAAGGGACCGUGCGUGGAGAGGAAGGCCAAGCUGACCCCCAACGGCCCUGAAGUCCACGGCUGAGCCGGGAUGCGGAGGCUCCUGGACCUGUCUGCUGCCAGCCAAGAGGUGCAGUAGGGGCGAAACCACAGACGUGCUACCAUCUGAGAGGAAGAGUUGACGCUUGCUGGCAUGGCCUCACCGGACUUCGUCAUCGCAUGCACCGACUCCUGGGGUCCCGGCGGUCCUGAGCCAGGGCUCAGUGGCACUGGGCAACCCCUCAGCCUCCUGGUAGGACUGCCCAUUGCAGGCAGUGGGCAGGCCUGACCUUGCUGGGGCUCACGGCCCCACAGCGCUUUUGUUACUUGAAUGUUUAGCUGAGCCUGUUUUUGAUGGAGCUACUACUGUAACGCGUGAGCUCACAAGCCUGUGAACUGUAAAUAGGCCCCAGAAGCACGUGCUUAAGCCUCUCUUGCUGAUUUUUUUAAAAAUAUAGAGCACAUGGGACUGUCCGUACUAACGCUGAGCUGAGUCAAGGCGGGAGGGGGGGGUCUUAGACUUGUAAGGCCCACAUUGCACUCGGCGGGGGCCUCAGAUACACGUGUGUAUGUAGAGAACGUGACACGUCGGCUUUAAGUCUCGCAGCUAACCUGUUGGGGUGCUUUGGCGAUUUCUGCUUUGUGAGCAAUGAAUGGGAGCAGCAGCACGUCCCGCCCUCUCCUGCUCUAGGUAGAUGAGGUUGUAAAUGCCAGUUCCUGUUGCUAGUGGAGUGAUUGCAAGGAAGCUACUGCAGCUGCUUGGGAGCCGGUGAAGGACGAGUCAGGGCCUGAGGCCCGAGUCCCAAGGCUGCCAGGCGUCCUAGUGGCCGAGCAGUUUCUGGCCCCCGUGGUCUUGAGCAUGCUGAGCACCCUGCCCCCCACCCAGCUUUACUGAGCACAGGCUUCGCUAGAAACACCAGAGCCGCGGUGGCUACCUGAAUCCCAAACCCAGUUGGCCCAGGAAGGACAGAACAUUGUGGUUUUUGUUUGUUGUUGUAUUUAAUAUCUUCUGCACUGGAGGGUGUGGUGGGGGGUGCUUGGUUUCUUCCCCCUGCCCUUUUCACAAAUUCGCUUCCUUUCCUCCCAGAUUCCCACCCACCUGCUGGGUCCUGGAUUUCAUUUUCCACCUCCUAGGUGGGCCACCUAGGAGGGUCCCCUGACCUUACUCUGAGAGCGCCAAGUGUCACCCUUGUGUGCCUGUGCACACAGGAGCCCCCAGCAGCCUGUGCUUAGUGGGCACCCAGGGGAGGGGGCUGGGGGAAGAGGGAGUUUCAGGUUCAGGAUUUGGUUUUCGAAAAGGUGAGGAGUUUGGUGGCUCUUGGUCAGGCCAGUGAUUCCCACCCUGCCCCUCCGAGAUGUCCCUUGUGUAUACUUCAGUGAACUUGCUUAGGUUUUUAAUCCCACCACUGUAAGCACACCCUGAACUAUCAUGAUUAAAAUGUGAUUUGUGUCUGCAUCCUCGGGAAUAAACUGGAGGCCAGCUCUGGGUGAGCUGGGGAGCGCUGGCCCUCAGCACUUGAGCUGCCUUGCCAGCAGCAUGGGCAGGGAGCUCCCAGGUCGCCAGGGGCUGCCCCCUAUUCCCAGCUCCCCCUCAAAGCUCUGGCCUCCUGGUCUGGCGGAAGGCGGCUCCUCUGGCCUCAUCCAAAUCUCCUCUAAAAAGCAUGUUGAACUAAUCAACUUUCUAGAACCCCUAGUAGGGAGCUUAAGGAACACUCCUUUUAGCGGCGUACCCCUAAAUUAACGGUCAAACAUUAAGGUGUAUAGCUUGGGGGGAGGGGAGGAGUAGCUAGUUAGGCCAUUUGAGCUGAAGGCAGGAUUGAGACAGCACAGGUGGGCUACUAAGGAAUCCUUAGGAGGCAGCCGGGCUUUAGUACAGGGGAGGAAAUGCCUUUGGCCCCCACCUGGGGAUGGCCAAGCAUGAGUCAGGCUGGAGACUAGCAGAAGGCCCUGUAAGCAGCACACAGGGUGUGGGCGGGAGGAGGGGUCAGAAGUUCUAAAGGGGUCAACUGGAAGGUCAGGGAGAAGGUGUGUUUCCUAAUGAAGGACAUAAGAAAAAUGGGGCAGGUGUAGGGGUGUUCGAUCCAUUCCCCUCACAUUUCAGAACUUCAGGCUUUCUACCUCUACUUUCUGCAGCCGGCAGCCUGCACCUAAGGCUGUCUGUCCUUUACCCAAGUAACCGAGGAGCUCCCGGGCCUUGCAUUUUCAGUCCCUGAGCCUGACCCUGAAAAUGACCAUUGCUUGACUGUCAAACUCACCCUGAGCUUCUUACCAUGGCCGGUGCAGUUUCGGUUUUGAAAAGAUGAGGCAUCACUUUCUCCUCAGUUUCAGUCCUGGAGGUUCCUUAUCCCACGACAUCUGUGCCAUUUGCAUCAGGCCCAUCAGCACGGUGUCAGUGCCAGGUGAGGGUCAAGGGCAUGGUGGGGCACUAGUGGGGUCUCUGGAGGCAAGUGGAAGUGCCUGCAGAACUGGUGACCAACCACAUAACAGCUCUCACUGUUCUUGGUCAACAGCUACUUUUUUUUAGCAUAGACACCAGAGCCACACACUCAAAUGGCUUAGUUAAGUUAUGACCUCUCAUUGAAUUCUUUCUGAAUAGCCCAACUGUUGUGUCCAAGUUUUCUGACUAGUCAGUCAGGACAUUAGCCUUUCAUUCUGCAUGUCAUCGCAGAAGCAACAGCAGGGGGAUGGGGAGGGAACGCCGACGCUGAGCCACUAAAAUAUGGACUAACUUUUCAGACAAAUCUUCAAGUGGACUGUGCUACUGUUUUUGUCUCAAAGCUACCAAGUUUGUGCAAUAAGUGGAGGGGAUGUCAUCCCUGUUCAAUAAAAGCUGAAUGACAUUCAAGCUGAUUUUCUAGACCACUGAGAAAAUCUUUAUUUACAAUAAAUUUCAAUAAAAUUUGCAUAAAUAUA